GCCCUUGUUAUGUUUCAUGUGAAGGUUUUAUUUUGAAAGUCAAAAAAACCGGAAGUGAUUCUUUUUCCUCUCCAUUCUGUCAAAUGGUGUCAAGAUGGCGAUGCACAUGAGGAGGACGCUGGUGGCUCUUCAUAGAUCAGCAUGCAGCAGUUUAAAGAAUGAAGUGUCUCUGGAUGUGAGACAUCCUGGCCCACUUUUCCUGCCGGUCCGGACCAAGAAGCGGUUCUUUGUCCCUCCUGCAGCUGGGUUAAAGGGGCAGAGGGAGCAGGACAGUGAGGCCAAGGCCCGAGCAGCAGGCCUGGUGGUCAGACAGCAGUACUUUGAGAGGCCCAUCAACAUCGCCUGCACUGCGGGAAUAUUCGACCCCUACAUCCCCCCAGAGGGCGACGCUCGUCUUUCCACUCUGUCUAAAGAAGGCCUGAAACAACGAACUGAACAGUUACGACAGAGCGCCGCCUCGCAGCUAGCGAUUCGCAAAAUCAAGGAGCACGACUCUGAGUUCACAACGAAGGAUUUUGCCGAGCGAGCUCAAGAAAUCUUCAUUGAGGCUCACAACUCCCUGUCACAGUUCAACAGGGAGAAACUUCACUCGCUGGUGACAGAAAGGUGUUAUCCUGAGAUGACGAGGGGGAACCGGCUCAAGACCAUCCGCUGGAGGUUUGUAGAGUCCCUGGAGCCGCCCAAAGUGGUCCACGCUCGCUGCCCCGACAUGGUCUCCAAAGGCAACCUCUACGGCCAGGUGACGGUCCGCAUGCACUCCAAACAGACUCUGGCCAUCUACGACCGCUUCGGGAGGCUGAUGCUGGGCAGCGAGGAGCAGCCGAAGGACGUCUUGGAAUACAUGGUCAUAGAACGACACCUCGUCAACCCCUACGGCCGAUGGAGGUUGCACGGAAAAAUAGUCCCAUCCUGGGCUCCUGCCAAAGACCCAGUUAUUAAGACUGUCAUGAUUCCUGGUCCAAACUUGAGGCCGGGACAAGAGUUUGAUGCCCUCAACUAUGCAGUUCCCAAACCGGAGCCAGUCCAAUGGAACAAAUAGGCCACCGGGUGGCGCUGCUCUUUUCAUCAAACCACCGUUGGACAUUAUCUGCAGUCAUGGGCCAAAUGCUCUUUAGAAUUUGGCUGUGGCUGGUUAGUUUGCCCACUUUGGCAGGAAACCAGGCUUCCUUUGAAGCCUCUUAUCUCUAAAUGCUGUUGGCUGUUGAAGCGGUGGAAGCAGCAGGUGAGUUUUAGGAUGAACAAACCACUGUCUCAGUCCAGCCAGAAAAACCUGCUUCUUGCCCAGCAACAAAUUAACACACAUCAAACAGUCACUUCAAAUUUCACCAUGAUUCAGUCUCACACAUUUUCAUGUUUGUUUCCAUAAGACUAACUUAAUGUGUACAUGUGAUAAAAAAUAAAAUGUACAGAUCUCCACAAA